GCUAUUUUGUAUGCAAAUUAAGAAAAUUACUCCAAAAGUUUAUAAUUUUUUUUCUGGAUUAAUUAAUCAAAAUUAACCAAAUUUUGUGGCGUGAAAUGUGCGUGUGAGUGUGUGUGUAGGGAAUAAAAAUGCCCCGACGUAAACGAAUGCAAGAAUCAGAAAUGAUGCGAUGUGAAAGUCCCGACUUUGAUGGACAACCACCGGCACAAAGAAAUGCAGCGAAUGCUCGAGAACGCGCAAGAAUGCGAGUUUUAUCAAAAGCUUUUUGUCGUUUAAAAACUACUUUACCUUGGGUGCCAGCUGAUACAAAAUUAAGUAAAUUGGAUACAUUACGUUUGGCUACAAGUUAUAUUGCACAUUUACGUGCUACGCUGUCAGCGGAUGAUGCAGAAAAUAAUGAUUUAGCAGCGAAUACAGAUCAUCAUCACCAUCCGUUGAAUUUGAGUUGGCCAUUCACUUUUCAACAUAAUGUCGGAACAAAUGCAUCAGGAAGUAAUAAUAACAAUAAUAAUAAUAAUAAUAAUAAUGGCGAUACAAAGAAUCAUCAUAAUCAUCUUCGAGAAUGUUCGUCACCAACUAUUUUAUCAGAAUAUAGUACAUCAAGUACGGAACAUUGUGAAGCAUUUCAAUCAACUAUGAAUAUGAACAAUAGUGGUGAUAAUAGUUAUUCAAUAAAUUAUCAUAAUAAUUAUCAUAAUAAUUCUGCUACUCAUUAUAGUAACGGUCAUUUGAAUCAUGAUUGGCAAUCGUCUUGUUGA